CCCCAGACCAGGGAAGCAGUCACAGCCAGUCCCUCUGAGGCUCCAAGGCCAAUAGGUGAUGAGUCCUCACAUCCAGGGCUCUCCUCGCCCUCGCUCUUCUGCUCUUCCUCCUCUCCUCUUCUUCCCCCUCCUCCCCCUCCUCCUACUGUUCCCCCUCCUCCCCGUCCUCCUACUCUUCCCCCUCCUCCCCCUCCCCCUACAGUUUCCCCUCCUCCCCCUCCCCCUACAGUUUCCCCUCCUCCCCCUCCUCCUACUGUUCCCCCUCCUCCCCCUCCCCCUACAGUUUCCCCUCCUCCCCCUCCUCCUACUGUUCCCCCUCCUCCCCCUCCUCCUACUCUUUCCCCUCCUCCCCCUCCCCCUACAGUGUCCCCUCCUCCCCCUCCUCCUCCUGUUUCCCCUCCUCCCCCUCCCCCUACUCUUCCCCCUCCUCCCCCUCCCCCUACAGUUUCCCCUCCUCCCCCUCCCCCUACAGUGUCCCCUCCUCCCCCUCCUCCUCCUGUUUCCCCUCCUCCCCCUCCCCCUACAGUGUCCCCUCCUCCCCCUCCUCCUCCUGUUUCCCCUCCUCCCCCUCCCCCUACAGUGUCCCCUCCUCCCCCUCCUCCUACUCUUUCCCCUCCUCCCCCUCCCCCUACUCUUCUCCCUCCUCCCCCUCCCCUACAGUGUCCUCCUCCCCCUCCUCCUACUCUUUCCCCUCCUCCCCCUCCCCCUACUCUUCCCCCUCCUCCCCCUCCCCCUACAGUGUCCCCUCCUCCCCCUCCCCCUACAGUGUCCCCUCCUCCCCCUCCUCCUACUCUUUCCCCUCCUCCCCCUCCCCCUACUCUUCCCCCUCCUCCCCCUCCCCCUACAGUGUCCCCUCCUCCCCCUCCUCCUCCUGUUUCCCCUCCUCCCCCUCCCCCUACUCUUCCCCCUCCUCCCCCUCCCCCUACAGUUUCCCCUCCUCCCCCUCCCCCUACAGUGUCCCCUCCUCCCCCUCCUCCUACUCUUUCCCCUCCUCCCCCUCCCCCUACUCUUCCCCCUCCUCCCCCUCCCCCUACAGUGUCCCCUCCUCCCCCUCCUCCUCCUGUUUCCCCUCCUCCCCCUCCCCCUACUCUUCCCCCUCCUCCCCCUCCCCCUACAGUGUCCCCUCCUCCCCCUCCCCCUACAGUGUCCCCUCCUCCCCCUCCCCCUACUCUUCCCCCUCCUCCCCCUCCCCCUACAGUUUCCCCUCCUCCCCCUCCCCCUACAGUGUCCCCUCCUCCCCCUCCUCCUACUCUUUCCCCUCCUCCCCCUCCCCCUACUCUUCCCCCUCCUCCCCCUCCCCCUACAGUGUCCCCUCCUCCCCCUCCUCCUCCUGUUUCCCCUCCUCCCCCUCCCCCUACUCUUCCCCCUCCUCCCCCUCCCCCUACAGUGUCCCCUCCUCCCCCUCCCCCUACAGUGUCCCCUCCUCCCCCUCCUCCUACUCUUCCCCCUCCUCCCCCU